UGCUGUGGCUCUAAGCGCCCUCUUCUUCUUCUUCCCCUACACACACACACACACACACACACACACACACUGCUCGCCUCUCAGUCGACGCACACCGGCAGCCCGUUGUUCAAUGUUUGUGUUGAUCACAUCUGCUUCAGUGAAUCUGUUCGGCGGGAGGAGAAGAAGAAGGCGCGCUGUCUAAUGACGAAAACGGCGAAGAGCGGCAGAGCUUUGAGGGGAGCAGCGGGAAGGAUGUCGACAUAUUAUUGACUUGUGUCGAGCGUCGUCGAGACGAGCGAACAGCGCCGUGCGUUUCCCUCUGACACAGCAGCAGUGAGAAUGACGGAAUAUAAGUUAGUGGUGGUUGGUGCAGGUGGUGUGGGCAAGAGCGCCCUGACCAUCCAGCUCAUUCAGAACCACUUUGUUGACGAAUACGACCCAACCAUCGAGGACUCGUAUAGAAAACAGGUGGUGAUUGAUGGAGAGACAUGUCUGUUGGAUAUCUUGGAUACUGCAGGUCAGGAAGAGUACAGUGCAAUGAGAGACCAGUACAUGAGGACCGGAGAGGGCUUUCUCUGUGUCUUCGCCAUCAACAAUACCAAGUCUUUCGAGGACAUUCAUCAGUACAGGGAACAGAUUAAGAGAGUUAAAGACUCAGAUGAUGUGCCCAUGGUGCUUGUGGGUAAUAAAUGUGACUUGCCGGCACGCACUGUGGACACAAGACAAGCCCAGGAACUCGCCCGCAGCUACGGUAUUCCCUACAUCGAAACCUCAGCCAAGACGAGACAGGGAGUGGAAGAUGCCUUUUACACUCUCGUCCGUGAAAUCAGGCAGCACAAGCUGAGGAAGCUGAACCCGCCUGAUGACAACGGCCAGGGCUGUAUGAACUGCCGCUGUGUGGUGUCAUGAUCCCGCGAAUGUGCAUGACGUGGCUUUUAGAGCGGCGCAGCCUUCCAGACCACAAACACUGCAACACCUACACAGAUGCUGGACGUUUAAAGCAGACUGUGUAAAAAGGGAAAUCUUUCAUCUGCCGGCCCCGCAGGUCUUCUUAGGGAUGUUCCCGUCUCGCUCCUUCGCAGGAGAUGAAAUAAGUUGUACCUCAUUUUAACGGUCUCGACACUGGAGUUGCUACGACUGGAUGAAGCUGUCACGCUUAAAUAUAUUUACAUUAAACAGACUCUAUCUACUCUUAACUGGAAGUAAUAGCUCAGAAAAUAACCUCUCAUGUUGCUUUGUCAGAUGUGGAUGUUAGAAAAACGCUUUACGAGAUGGAGAGGAGAAAUACUACAUCGGUUAUAUUAGCAUAUGUCUGGAUGUGAGAAAGAUUUGUAUUGUCAUCUGCUUAGAGCAAGUCUAACCUAAUAAAAUGUACAUAAUUCACGGCGUUCUCCCGCAAAGAGGACUUUUAGUCAUAUGCAGCGUGUUUAUCACAGGUUAUGGUGCAAUAGAUUGCCAUUAGAGGGAACACCUCCGAUAACACUUUGAUUUGCACAAGGUUUAGAUCAACGUUUUAAAGUGGAGGGUUUUGCUUCUGGUUUCGAAUGGGUCCACGAACUGUGGCUUGGUUAGAUAUCCAGAUGUGAUGCUUUUUAUUUAUGACGUUAGAAAAAUGCAUUGCAGACGAUCGCACUGGCCGAAGACGACCGUUUAAUGAACAUCUCUUCAAAUGAUAAUCGUACUUGUUGAAACAUGAAUGCAACUAUAAACUUAAAAAGCUUGGACUGAAAAGCCUCGUUGAUAUUUUUGCCAAGCACUGUGCUAUACCCAUGUUCAGGGCGUAAGCUCGAAACUUUUACGUGUAUAUCAUACGGUCUAAUCUUCAACUACAUUCCCCCUUUAUGCCUUUCUGAAGUAAACUUUCCAUGGUCGUGUCUUUAGGGAGUGAAUAUUAAGGUUUAAAUGUGAAACUCAAAUGAAAAAAAACAAACAAAAACAACAGAUUGUUAGUAUACUCUUACUGUAAAUUAUCAUAUGAGGGAAACUUAAUUUACGUGCGCUAUAUUUAUUCAUAUACGCAACAUAUGGCCAUGUAAUUGCAGGGAAGAGCUACAGUCUGGACUUUCUUUUUCUUGAUUGCUUAAAAGUAGCUAGUGUCUCUUUGCAGAGUGCAGAUUUGAAACCUCAGCAAAGAACUUUAUAGCUUAUUUUAGUGUCUUCUCAUUCUGGUUGAAAUUUGAUGAUUUUUCUUUUUUUCUUCUCCAUACGGAUUGCUGUGUGUUUUAUUCCCUGACAGUCUAUUGAUUGUUCUCAAGGACAUGCAUGGGCGGAUAUGAUUCUCCCUUUAAAUCACAUGUCAGUAGCUAUGGAUAUGACCUUCAAGGGUUUCUGUCAGAAUGCUGUGGGCAUUCAGAUGUUUUUGACGGAUUUAUGGCGCCACAGGAUAAUGUGAUCCAUCAGGUGGCCUGAUUGCUGCCACUUACUGAAUACUAUUUUCAUUGAAUAGCCUAAUGCUGGUUAAAUGCCAUUUUCUGUAACGCUCUGAUUAACAUUAUGUAAAAUAAUCCACAAACACGUGACAUAUCCUCUGUAUUCUGUUUGAACUAGUCGUAAACCAACUGCUGCUGAUAAAUAAUAAUGUUUUGUUUUUUUUAUAUUUAUGAAAAAAAUGGUAGAACACAGCGUUAUGGUAGCGUUCCCACAAAAAAAAGAAAAAUUCCAAAAGGCUGUGUCGGUUCUGGCAUUAAAUAAUCAUACUGGUUUUUGCAGCAAUUAAUAUAAAAACAAAUACGAGUAUUUUUAAGGACUUGCUCUUAUUUUGCGUCUAUAGUGUGUGAAGACAACACUGACUUUCUUUUUAAAUAAUAUGUUAUUAUAGAUUUGUGCCUACCGUUAUUAUUGUGUUGAGAAAUAAUAUCAAAUAAAGUGGCUUGUUUUA